AUGGGCGGUGAGACGGUGCGUGACACAGACGGUGAGACGGUGCGUGACACGGGCGGAGAGACGGUGCGUGACACGGGCGGUGAGACGGUGCGUGACACGGGCGGUGAGACGGUGCGUGACUCGGGCGGUGAGACGGUGCGUGACACGGGCGAGUGCCUUUUCGUCACCGACUACUUCACCAGGACCCCCCGCAAGCUCAAUGCCUUCACCUCCUUCACCAGCGCCGAGCUCUUCCAUUUCCACGUACCCGAGGACACCGUGGUGGCCGUCUGGAACCUGAUCACCUUCAAGGAGCAAGGGGGCAGCUUUGGCGAUUCCUGUCCGGAUCGAGACAUCACCACAGCCUCUGGGCCCGAACUCGGCCUCCUGCCCGCCUGCCGCCAGACGCCUUGGCCAGUGUGCAGCGUGGGAGAGCUAUGCGCACGCGUAGUUCCAGUGCGGACAGAAAACACGGAACUAAAACACCGCAACCCGGAAACAAUCUCUCAACGAUACUUUCGGUCCGGAGCACCGCCGGUGAUUAACCCGCUCCACAGCCGCUUCCCGGCCGAUACCGUGGUGCCGGGGUCCUUCGCGGUCACUCUCACCUGGAAUUUACCCAACCGCACGACGGGCAUUUUUAACAUUAGCAGCCCGCUCCCCGGAGACUGGUUCCUAGCUGCUCAUUUACCAAAGGACAGAGGGAAGAUAUCCGUCAAGGGCCUCUACGAAGAAUGCCAGUACCUCUUCCAGCCACAGCUCAUCGUGCAGAAACUGAUUGGGAUUCCUGUCCUGUAUCCCGGCUACGUGAUGGAUCAGAUGAUCCCAGCCCACAACAGAUCGGCACUCUACAAGGUCUUCGUUCCUAGUUACACAUCCCGGGUCACGGUUCAACUGUCGGACUGCAGCAGCAGUAACAAGACGAUACGGAGUUGUCCGGUGUUGUUGAAAGUCCGAGCCAAGGCCCCUCCCUUGCACAACUCCAGCCACGUGGACUGCGGGCCACUGCACGUCUGUGAGCUGCGGCACCCGGCUCCCUUCUGGCAGCAGUGGUACUACGUGCUGGUGGAAAAAUCCAACCGCAGUCUCAGCCUCCACUUCCGAAUCGUGCUCCACAUCACAGAAUGUUCCAGGCCCACUGUUUCGAAGGGCAUCUCCGCAGCCAUUACCCCAACACUGAACAUACCACAGUCGUUCGGCUCCCCAGGGAACCCCUCCAUCUUGGACAGCCUCCCCGUUGUUGGGUUCGCCCCUCAGCAGCUGAAUGAGUCGGGCACGGCCUCUGCAGAGGGCGAAGGUCAGCGGACUGCUGUUGCCGCGGGAGACCAGUGCUGGCCCGUCCGCCCCACCCUCCGGAAUGAGCUGGACACCUUCUCUGUCCACUUCUACAUCUUCUUUGGACCAAACAUUUCCGUUCCACCUGAUAAGGUGGCUGUGUUUGUCAUCAGCCUGAUGCCCGUCCUCGACAGCGGAGGCGUUCUCAACAUGGAGCUAAAGUUGAACACGUCCUCGGUGAAAGGGGAGAACGUGACUGUGAUUGGUUGCUUGAAUCACGGGAUGCCUCUGACAUCAUCGGACAACACGUCGACCAGCUGUGAAUCAGGUGAUGGACUGCAUGCCUCAUCCCUUCAUGAGGUGGAGCAAAGCUUAACCACCUCCCCCUCAUACACCCCUGUACCUCCUCUUCCGCCAACGUGUUGUCAGUGGUGGAGCAGGCUCAAAAGGUCAGAUGUGCCCGUGGGUGAUCAGCCUCGAGAUAUUGAACUACAGAUAAAAGAUCUCAUUCUACGGUAUAUCAGCAACCCAAACUCGAUUAUUUUAUCUGUUACUGCUGCCAAUACUGACAUGGCAACAUCAGAAUCACUUAAAAUUGCCAGAGAAGCUGAUCCAGAAGGGCGACGAACACUUGCUGUUAUCACAAAGUUAGAUCUUAUGGAUGCUGGCACAGAUGCUAUGGAUGUGCUUAUGGGAAGAGUUAUCCCAGUCAAGCUGGGUAUCAUUGGAAUUGUCAACAGGAGUCAACUGGAUAUCAACAAUAAGAAAUCUGUGGCAGAUGCUUUAAAGGAUGAAUAUGCAUUUCUACAAAAGAAAUAUCCCUCACUUGCUAACAGAAAUGGAACCAAAUAUCUAGCUAAAACUUUGAACAGAUUGCUCAUGCAUCAUAUCAGAGAUUGCUUGCCAGAGCUGAAAACUAGGAUAAAUGUAUUGGCAGCUCAGUACCAGUCUUUACUGAACAGUUAUGGUGAACCAGUCGAGGACAAAAGUGCCACUCUUUUGCAGCUUAUUACCAAGUUUGCAGCUGAGUAUUGCCAGACAAUUGAGGGAACAGAAUUGCUCCGUUUUCCAAAACUCCAUGAUGCCAUUGUAGAAGUUGUGACAUCAUUGUUGCGCAGGAGAUUGCCUGUUACCAAUGAUAUGGUCCACAAUUUAGUAGCCAUUGAGCUUGCAUACAUCAAUACAAAGCACCCUGACUUUGCAGAUGCCUGUGGGGUUUUGAAUAGUAAUAUAGAGGUCUUGUACUUACUGGGUGCAAUGCUGCUUUCGAUGGCCUUGCAGUUGGACCGGCACGGGCUGUGGAAUCUGUUGGGGCCGAGUCUCUUCGCUCUCGGAGUCAUGGCCAUUGCUUGGACGGUGCGGGCUAUCCGGAGGAGGCACUGCUACCCUCCCACGUGGAAACGCUGGGUCUUCUACCUCUUCCCCGGCACGGUCAUCGCCGCCUCCGCUGUGGCACUCUACGCCUUCGUGGAGACCGAGGGGAACUACUUCUACAUCCACAGCCUCUGGCACAUGCUGAUCGCUGGCAGCGUGGGCUUUCUCCUGCCUCCCAGCCCCAGAUCCCAGCGGGGGGCAGCCGCUACCACAGGGGCCGUGCCACUGCCCCGCAAGAGGGGCUGCGGCUACCGACUCUGUGUCAACGAGCAUGAGGAGAUGGGUCUGGUCGACCCAGGACUAGUCUCUGUCAACAGUAUCUGCAGCAGCUGAUGACCCCCGACCCCAACUGAGCAGCAGCCGGACUCUCUCACAACCAGCAGGAGGAAGAAGGCCGUGGGCGACUUGUAAAUAAAAUGAGCCCAGGGCAGGUGCCAUGCUAGGGGGACUGUCGAUACCAUGCUCGUCCACCCCAGACAAGGACAGCACCUCUUCAUCUUCCAGUUUACCUUCCACCAGGGAGGACACAUGUGCAAGAACUCUCUCAGAAGGAGCGUGUCAAUAAAGAUUCAAGAUUCCAGAUUGUUUAACGUCUAUU